AUGAUGUUUGGACGACAAUUGAAUUGCAUAUUUUCCAACAUUCGGCCAGACAAAAGAAGAAUAAUUCAGUAUUUACAAGUAAAAAAAUAUAUUCGUACCACAUCAUCGAGCUACCGACCAAGUGACGAAAUAUAUAUUAAAAUACGAAAUGAUAAAAUAUGGGAACCAACGGUAAUUACAUCCCGAAAACAUAAAUAUUCAUGUAUUGUUUCAACACCAGGAGGACUAGAUAAACGAAGACACGCUGAUCACAUCAGACCACGGGUGUCCUCCACCUCCGAAACCCCGAGGAAUGAAAGGGUGCAUUCUUCUAUGCUGCCGGCGACUGCUUCUCCAGAUAUUAGAAAUAUUAGAAUGGAAACAACAAUAAGCGAAAGGCUAACUAUUAGCAAGAAUUCGGCAGCAGUAACAUCGCAGUCGCCUACAAAUGUACCAAUUUCUCUAAAUUCACCUUCACAGCAUCGAAGUUAUACUCCUCACCUGUUCCGGUCUCCACUCCUGUGCCAUUUGCUCCACGUCGAAUUAAUCGACGUAUACAGGCACCCCGCCGUCUGA